CUUAUAUGGCUUAUAGCCUAAUCUCCGAGCUCGGACAGCCUCACAUCGUCUCGCCAAUGAAUCCUAGUCGCCGCUGCGUGAACCCCUUGCCUUAGCUGAAUGUUUGCAGGAAUUAUCCAUAUCCGAGGUGCAUGAUUUAACACAUGAUUUAAGGAUUCCUUGGACUCCGAUUACAUAGUUAUAAGACACCGGUAGCCUCGACUGCUGUUUUUACCUUGGUUUCUCUUCGCUCACCGACGCUUCGAACUCACCAUACACAACCAAACAGACACUCGUUUUCGUUUACUCGCACGUUCGCUUUUCAACUUAUAACCGUCAAAAUGGUCGCUACUCGUUGGGCUCUAACCGCAGUCCUUGCUGCCUCCGCAGUCUCUGCCUCUACAGACGAGCUGCAGUUCAUCACCCGUCUGCUCAAGCGCCAGGAGCCCGGCACUCCCGCCUACAACUGCCACGACAACUGCGGCCAAGCCAUCAUCCAGGGACGAAACAGUGCCGAUGUGUGCAACGACCAGAUCUUCCUGACCGAUUACAAGGCCUGCCUCCAGUGUUCCGGCCCGGAUAACCAGAACAUCUGGCAAUACUACGGAACUACACUCAGUAGCCGUGCAAGCCCGUGCGGUCUAUCCACGACUCCCCUGUCCGGAAAGCAGCCAGACGUCGGAGCCGCGGUUCCCGCCGGUAGCAGCGUGACAUCAAGCACCUCAGUAGUUUCCUCCGCCUCAUCCGCUUCUUCAGCUUCGUCAGCCGCAUCAUCGGCCAGCGAGGCCACCACCGCAGCUUCCUCAACUGUGGCUGGAACUCCGACUGCCACCAGCUCGGCGGCAUCAGAAGUAAGUGCCAGUGCCACCACAGCCAGUGCGACUUCCCCCAGCGCCACCACAGGCGCAACCUCAGCGCAGGGUGCAACCGAGUCCAGCACCGGUUACGCUACCGCUUCUGCCACGGGGAAAGCGUCGACGACGGCCGCCUCGAGCGCCGCCGUCACGUCGCACAUCCCCAGCGGCACUGGCAGCUUGAGCGGUAACGGAACCGCGACUACGUCGUCCGGAUUAGUCGUCGUCACCAACGCCGCCAACGCCAUCUCCGGCAGCCCGGUCGGCUUCUACGGCGCGCUUGCGCUCGGUGCCCUGUAUGCUGCGGCGCAGUAGAUCGACCUACAUAUCUACCCAGGUUAGGUUCUCCUGAGCCCGGAUGUAUGGAGGUACAAUACAUACUGGCCGUAUGCUGCUGUACAUGUGUAACAUAUUAAUACCAUAAUUGGAUAAUAAUAACGUAAAUAUAAUUGUCGGGGCUGUGUAUGAUGUAUGAUAUAUCACUUCAAUACUAUCGUUUCGUACCUAUUUGUUACCUCUAUUGCCUAAAUGUGAUAGAUAUGUGCCCCCUUGGAAGGAUUCUCCCCUUUAAAACUUUACUUGGAUGUAGCUGGGUUUUAGCAAUGAUCGACCUUGCAGACUUUGAUUUGUAAACACGGACAGAUACUUACCUACCUUGGGGAUGAAUAAGUGUCAGGCGUCAAUAGGUAGGUAGCUUCGAAGUAUUAGUAAUCACAUGACGAACUCCUUUUCUCCUACCUUUCACCGCUACAGUCAAGGGUUAAAGGUUCUCUAUUCCUUCAUGUUGCCCCU